UUCAAGAUAUUUUGUGAGUGCUUCUUAUUGAUCGAGAAGAGUCUAUACUCACGGCGAAAAGAACUCGAUACCCGCCAGCCGUUAGAAUUGCUUCCCGAGCGUUCUUGAACUUAAAGAAAAGGCUGAACUAAACGGCCAAACGUUAACUACAACAGUCAUGGAUUUUGAUGACGAUGCCCCGCCAGAGCUGGUUGAUACAACCGCCAACGAUGUGGAUGAGGAGAUUACAGUCAAGGUUCCUAUCACAAUUGUGACAGGGUAUCUCGGUGCUGGUAAAACUACCUUGCUAAAUUACAUCCUUACGGCUCACCAUGGCAAGAAGAUCGCUGUCAUCAUGAAUGAAUUUGGAGACUCGCUCGACAUUGAAAAGUCCCUUACUGUGAACAAAGGUGGUGAGCAGGUUGAAGAAUGGUUAGAAGUCGGCAAUGGCUGUAUCUGCUGUUCCGUAAAGUACGUCUUGAAUGUACGGCAGCCGCCCACUACCGUGCUAACUGAAUUCAGGGAUACAGGAGUCAAUGCGAUAGAGUCUCUCAUGUCAAAGAAGGGUGCAUUUGACUAUAUCCUCCUCGAAACCACUGGCUUAGCCGACCCCGGAAACCUAGCCCCCCUCUUCUGGGUGGACGACGGACUUGGAAGCACCAUUUAUUUGGAUGGAAUAGUCACGCUCGUAGAUGCGAAGAAUAUCCUGCGCAGUCUUGACGACCCCAAUGGUGUUGUCGAAGGACACGACGACCACGGUCAUGGCCCUGUUAUGACAACAGCACACGUUCAGAUCUCUCAUGCGGAUGUGAUCGUGAUCAACAAGGCCGACAUGGUGACAGAGGUGGAACUCAACCAGGCCAAAGAGAGAAUCCAGUCGAUCAAUGGUCUUGCUAAGAUCCAUGUAACGGAGAGGAGUGUAGUCCCUCAAUUGGAAGGAUUCCUGCUUGAUUUGCACGCAUAUGACCAAUUCAAUGAGUCAGACGCAAAUGCCAAGGGACAUAGUCACCUCGACCCUACCAUAUCGACCGUCACCAUACCCGUUGGCCGCCUUGGGCCAGGACAACUGGACACAGUUGAUCGUUGGCUACGAUCGGUACUGUGGGACAGCAAAUUACCUGAAGAUGAAAAGGAAGGUGAUUUCGAGAUCCAUCGCUCCAAGGGACGGCUUGUGUUUGCCAAUGGAGAGGUCAAGAUGUUGCAGGGGGUGAGGGAGGUCUUUGAGAUAAAUGACGGGCCGUUGGGAGAUGAGACGCCCAAGGAGGGGAAGAUUAUUCUGAUUGGAAGAAACGUAGCAGAUGUUGGAUUUGAAGACAGUUUCAAAAAAGCCCUGAGCUAGCCUUUAUUACCUAGAGUAAAGAAUAGAGGUGCAUGAUAUUUCUAUGAUGUCUGAGGUCUUUCACUAGUGCUUGCUGAUUACUGAAUGUGGACUGGAGCAGUUGAGCUCUGCUCAAGGAAUGGCAAUUGACUUGCUUACCUUCUUGCCUAUAUUACUGUUAUCAUUCGAUAUAUCACAGUGUCUAAUAGAGGUUGUUGUUUAUA